UCUUCCCUCCCUCCUUCACUCUUGCAUGAGGUGGGAGAACAAGCUGUGAGCCUUUUGUGACUCAUUACGGCUUUCCGGAAUCAGCCCGGUUUCCGGCUCCGAGUUGCCAUUUGAUGCCCGUCCUGCUGCUUGCUGCAACAUCUCGACACCGAACUGUGCGUUUGGAGUACACGAAGAAGUAAACAUGUCCAAACCUGACUACUCUGGUACUUUUCAUAUGGUGGAGCAGGAAAACAUGGACGCCUACCUCGCAGCUUUGGACAUCAAUUUUGCUCUGAGGAAAAUCGUGUGUCUACUGAAGCCCACCAAGGACAUCGUCCACGAUCCCGUCACAGGGGCCAUGAAGAUCCGCACGCUCACAACCUUCAAGAACUUCAACAUGGACUUUGUCAUCGGACAGGAGUUCACGGAAGACCUGGGCCCCGUGGACGGUCGGACGUGUCAGACCACCGUCAGCUGGGAGGGGGACAAGCUGGUUUGCGUACAGCGGGGGGAGAAGGAAGGCCGUGGUUGGACGCACUGGCUGGAUGCCGACAAGCUGCAUUUGGAGAUGCGAGUGCAAGACGUCGUUGCCAAGCAGGUCUUCAAGAAGGCCAAUUGAAGUCCCGACUCCAGCCCGUGAAUAGCAAAUUUUCAAUUGAACUGAAACGGAUAAUUGGCUAGACUAAUAGCUUAACCCAGCAAUACACUACAAAGUAUGAUCCCAGAAAAAUGUAAAAGCGUCUCAAAUGCUUCGAGACAUUGCCGUACCUUUAAAAAUCGGGUAAAGAGCUGACGCAGUGCGAGGCUUUGGUGUUCACCGAUCCGGACCUGCUUAACCCACAGAGUGACAUCACAAAACUGCUGGUCUUUGAUUGGCUCAGAAAUUUUAUAGCAAGCUAUUCUUACCAAUUCCGCUGGUUUGGAUGCCAUCUUUGGUAAACUCGCAAGCGAAAGUGGACGAGUGAGCCAUCGUGUACAGUAGCCAUCUUCUCUCGCUAAGUGUCAAACACAAAUCCGACACGCUGGCUGUUCCAUUUGCGAUUGGAGGAGCAUUACGCUUAGAAACCAGAUUUCGGACCAAGAGGAACUGUUCUUUGUCUCAACUGAAGAGACACUAUAGAUAAAUAUCAUUCACAUGAGUGAAAUUUCCUUUUUUUAACCAUGUUUCAGAAAAAUCAUGUUUGUAUCCCAAAAUAACGAAUGCGCAUAGGUGAAUUUCCAAAUACCAAACUGAAUACGGGGACUCCACUGUAAACUCUUUUAGU